AUGGUGAGUUAUAUAUUUUUACAUGAAAUUGAUUUUUUUUAUUCUAAAUUUUAGUUUGGUUGGAUUCAUGAAAGUUUUCGACAAUUGGUGACAAGAAAAUAUGGAAAAGAUAUUUGGGAGAAAAUUGUGUUGGUUUAUUUUUUUUUCAGAAUUUUCAGAUAAAUUCGAGGGAAUAUUUACAGAUCUUUGGCAAAAUUUGAACUUGGAACAGAAAGUGAAAUUGCUCAUUAUUACAAUGAUGAAGAAACAUUACGAUUAGUCAAUUCAAUGGCUAAUGUAAUUGGAAUACCAAUUGAAGAAAUAUGGGAAGCUUAUGGUGGUUUUUUGAUUCAAUUUACUAUGGAAACUGGAUGGGAUGAAUUACUUCGAGCAAUGGCUGCUGAUUUAGAGGUUCAAUGAAAUCCUAGUUCGAAAAAUUCAAUAAAAAAUAUUCAGGGAUUUUUGGAUUCUCUUGACUCAUUGCAUUAUUUUAUUGAUCACGUUGUAUACAAAACAAAAUUACGUGGUCCAUCUUUUCGAUGUGAUGUUCAACAAGAUGGAACUCUUUUACUACAUUAUUAUUCAAAAAGAAGUGGAUUAUAUCCAAUUGUAAAAGGUAACCAAGGCUAUACAAAGUUUGUAUCACAAACCAAAUCAAAUAAAUAAUUUUAGGUGUUGUUCGAGAAGUUGCUCGUCGAAUUUAUGACACUGAAGUUGUUAUGAAAGUUCAAGAAAGAAAACAAGAACAUUUGGAUGCAUAUGUUACAGAACAUGUUGUUUUUGUAAUAAGUCAAGUUGAACAUCAAAACAGUGUUCAAAAAUCAAUAUCAUCAAAAACAGAUUCAUUGGUUGAUUUAUCUGGAGGAGUUUAUGAUAUUUCUCCAGCUGAUUUUGCACAAGCAUUUCCAUAUCAUAUAUGUUUUGAUCCAGAUCUUUUUCUCGAACAUUUUGGAAAUUUUAUUAAAAAGAUAUUUCCAAAUGCAACAAGACAAGAAACUAGAAUAACAGAAAUGCUUGAACUUGUUCAUCCAGAAGUUCCAUUUUCUUAUGAAUCGAUUAAAUAUUUCAAAAAUAGUCUUUUCAUUUUUCGAUUAAAAGGAACUGGAAGUGAUUCAUCUGGAGAAGAUCGAUCUGUUUUAUUGAAAGGAUCAAUGGUUUUUAUUGAUGAGGGAAAAUAUAUUCUUUAUAUGUGUUCUGUGAAUGUAACAACAGUUCGAGAAUUAAUUGAUCGAGGAAUUCAUAUAUCAGAUAUGCAAAGACAUGAUGGAACACGAGAUGUUAUUAUGUUAAAUCAAAGUAGAAUGAGUCAAGUUGAAUUGAAGUUUGUGACAACUUUGUAUUUCUUUGAAAAAUACUAUUUUUCAGUCGAACAUUGGAAGAAACCACGAAAAAAUUGAAAAAAAUGGCUCAAGAAUUGGAAAUUGAAAAACAAAAAACAGAUGAACUUCUUUGUGAAUUAAUGCCAGCUUCAGUUGCAGACAGUUUAAGAAGUGGAAAAACAUCUGAUGCCAGUAAAUUCAUAUUAUAAACUAUAUAUGUUGAUUACUAAUAAUAUAAUUUAUUUACAGAAGAAUUUGCCGAUUGCACACUUCUUUUCACAGAUAUUGUAACAUUUACUAAUAUCUGUGCUUUAUGUACACCGUACGAUGUUGUUACUCUUCUCAAUGAUUUAUAUCUUCGAUUUGAUCGUUUGGUAGGAUUGGUUAGUUUUUUUUUCAAAUUCUGAAGAAUCAUAGAGUACUGUAGUCAGGAUAAAUUCAGAAUUUUCCAGCAUGAUGCUUACAAAGUUGAAACAAUAGGAGAUGCUUAUAUGAUUGUUGGAGGAGUUCCAGAACAUUGUGAUAAUCAUGCUGAAAGAGUUCUUAAUAUUUCAAUCGGAAUGUUAAUGGAAUCAAAACUUGUUCUAUCUCCAAUUACUCAUAAACCUAUAAAAAUACGUCUAGGAGUUCAUAGUGGACCCGUUGUAGCUGGAGUUGUUGGAAUAAAAAUGCCGAGAUACUGUUUAUUUGGAGACACUGUGAAUGUGGCAAAUAAAAUGGAAUCUUGUGGAGUUAUGUGUAAAAUACAUAUAAGUGAAUCGGCAAAAACAAAUGGAUUGAAAUCAAAUCAAAGUUAUGUAUUCAUUGAUCGAGGAAAUACAGAAAUUCGUGGAAAAGGAUUUAUGUAUACAUACUUUUUGGAAAGAAAUGAUCGAAUUAGUGUUUGGGAAUUAUGUGCAAGACCGAGAUGUUAGUUUUUAUUGCUGAAAUUAAUUUUCGAAAAUUCAAAAUUUUCAGCUGGUGAACAAACAAUUGAUGGUUAUAUGGAAUUACACGAUCAAUCAAUUUAUCAAGAAGAUGCUGAACAAACAGAAGGAAAUGGACCAGUAAAUGGAUCAAGUGUAGAUCCAACAAGUCAUCAUAUCCGAUCUCCAACUUGUACAAUUGUUUGA